AUGAUAAAUAGACUGUUUUUACCAUAUUAUUCCAAGUCUAGAGGUCCUCCUAGGCUAAGAUUCCAGGUUAUGGGAAAAAGAGGGAAGAGAUUCUUAAUGUUAGUUGCAGCUAAUCAGAGGGAUCCUAGAGAUGGUAAACAUAUGGAAGUUUUAGGAAGUGUGCAACGGAGACCAAUUAACCCAAUUCCAUCAGCUAUCGGAGAAAAUCACGAGAGUUUAUCCGAAAUAAGACUAAGAUUCAGUAGAAUUAAGUUCUGGCUGGGUGUAGGAUGUGAUAUGAAUGUCUCAGUGGCUACAGUUCUUUCGCAAGCUAACCUCAUUCCCCCUCAUCCGCCUAAAUUUGGCGAGAGAACCAGGGGUCACUAUCACCUUUUAUCGCAAAUUGUUGAAAACAGACAACGUAUUCACUUGAAUAGAGUAAAGAAUUUUCUUCUAAAGGAAACUCCUUGUGUAAAUGAAGACGAAGAUGUGUAUAAACCUGACCUUGAGGAAACGCCUGCAAGGAUAGUACAAAAGAAAAUAUAUCCUCCAGAACUUAAACAAUUGGACCAGCCUAUUCACUUUGACAUCACUGAAGAGCCGUUAAACCCUGAAAAGAAAAUUUUAAGAAAACUUAUCAGAUAA